AUGUUCAACCCAGUUCUGUUUACCUUGAUGUGGGUGUCUGGCUGGGCUUCGUGUGACAAGCUACUUCGUAUACCUGUCUACUGUGGAAUAUUCGGCUGGCUGGGCAGCGCUCUGGUCGUCUGGUCGGCCGGCAUCAUUGUAAUCAUGACCAGCUGCAGGUGGGUCCCCACUUUAACUCGACAUGGAUUUACACCAACUUAUAAUCGUUCAGCUCAUAUAAUCUUCCAACUAGUGCCAACUCAUAAUCUGCUAACUCAUUAUAUGCCAACUCAUAAUUUACCAACUCAUAACCAUCUAGCUCAUAAUCAUCUAGCUCAUUAUCAUCCACUCAUAGCUAUCCAGCUCGUAAUCAUCAAGCUUAUAAUCUGCAACCUCUUACUUAAUUAAGUGGCACUACAGCCAAUGUAGGGCCCUGGCCUGCUGCACCACAUCCUUCCACUCGGUGCGAUCCAUGGCUUUCCGUCUCCAUGCUCGAACCCCCAACUGGUGUACAUCUGUCUCCACAUCAUCAAUUAACCAUCAAUAUCAUUAGACAUAAAUCGGCUGAAAUUGAAAUGAAUCUUAACGAUGACGUCAUUAAAACUUAAGACUGCUCAUUUACUCUAUUUGCACAAAAUGGACUCGUCACUCAAUCCGAUAGUUGGGUGACCGGAAGUUGACGUUGUGCCUGUGACGUCGCCGUGGGGUUAUCCCUCAUCCAAGAACAUCAACUCUGAUGCAACUGUGAGCACAAUCCCUUGAUUGUACCCCUUUGCUAAAACCUAGUUUUGGAUACAGCAGCUUGUGACCGGCGGUAGAAAAACCAGUCAUUCCAUUUAACAUACUGAAAUGUUCUAGAACAAUUCAUUUUUUAAUUAAAUGCCUUCUGGUUUAAAAAUAUAACGUUAAUAUAUCUCCCAAUUAUUCAACAGACGUAGUAGAUAAUAUGACCUGGUAUUGAUGUCUUGGGUUUUUGUCAUGUGGACGUGGGGGUGGGGGGGGGGAAAGGGGGGUGUCAUAAAGAAAGAAAAGGAAUCGACCGAAUGAAAUCAUGUAAUCUACUUUUGGAUUGAUUUAAACUUUAGAAUCUUUCUCAUAAUCUUUCUCAUAAUCUUUCUCAUAAUCUUUCUCAUAAUCUUUCUCAUAAUCUUUCUCAUAAUCUUUCUCAUAAUCUUUCUCAUAAUCUUUCUCAUAAUCUUUCUCAUAAUCUUUCUUGGGUACAACAUUUCUGCUAAGUUUUAAUUUUAAUAUUUGUGUUUGUUUUUUGGUUGGGUUUUUUUUUUUUUUUUUUUUCUGAAGAAGGCGUUUUGCCGACACGUUCGUUGUUGUUGUUUUUUUUGCGUCCUUUUUUUUUUGGUCCAUUUUUGACCACACCUUGCUUCACACAUUUCCCAAUAAACUAUUUGUGAUAUAUAUUUUUUUUUUUUUUUUUUUCUUUUUGCCUAUAUUUUUUUUUUUUUUUUUUUUUUUUUUUUUUUUUUUUUUUUUUUUUUUUUUUUUUUUUUUUUUUUUUUGCUGAAGAAGGCGUUUUGCCGACACGUUCGUUGUUGUUGUUUUUUUUGCGUCCUUUUUUGUUUGGUCCAUGUUUGACCACACCUUGCUUCACACAUUUCCCAAUAAACUAUUUGUGAUAUAUAAAUCAAUGUAAAAAAUCCAAUGCAAACUAAACCAUCCAUGUUGCAUGAGUUCAAGACAUUGAGAAAAUACAAAGAACUCGGAUUUUUUUUUUUCCCCAACUUUUAUUGAAUUCACAAUCUAGAAACCGAUCCAAUGAUUCCUUCCUUUCUUCCGUGUUCAGAUACCUGUCCUUGGUCAAGCCUUUGUACUAUCGGACUAACGUGACCACGACCAGCGUCACGCGUGGAGUCAUAGGGGCGUUAAUCUUCUGCCUGGUGUUCUUCAUCUGGCCCUUCACGGGACUUACUGCCCCUUUCACGUAAGUCGCCUUUCUCUGUGUUUAAAAAAUGAGAUGAAAGAGUACAUUGGAUUAUGACGAUUUGAAAGUUGUCUUUUGUUGUUGUUGCCGACGGCAUACUUUUUAAUUGUAUUUUUAUUUGUUAUUUUAGUUAAUUGCUUCUAAUUUAACUGUGCUUAUCUGGUCUGACCAAAAGGUAUUUGAACAAGAUUAGAGACGUGUUCAUUAAUUUUUUAAUUAAAAUGCUUUUUUUUUUUCAUUUCUGUAGGUUCCUUUUUUCUAUUAUUACCUGUUUUGUUGUGUUUUUUCUGAUUUUUUUUUAAAUUAAAUUUUGUAUUAUUUAGUUUGAGAUCAUGCAAUAAAUUCAGUAGAUCUUGGUCAGCUGUACUUAGCGUGAGAUCAUGCAAUAAGUGCAAUAAAGUUGAUCUUUGUCAGCUGGCUCAAGUUUUGUUGAGAAUUUUGAGUUGAUCACAGUCAUGAUGUGUCCUGUUUGUCUUUGACCUUCCAAUUUUGUGCCACCACCCCCCACCCCCCGUUACAGCAUCUAUGAAGACAACCACAUCUGCGCCACACAGUUCUCCCCGGGCGGCGCCGGUAUUGGCCAGAGACUGUUCAUUGGCGUCACUGGAGUGAUUGGUUGCCUGACGGUGGUCCUUGUCUUGGUGUGCAACCUCACCAUCGUCAAGACGGUGAGAGGAAAUAGUUCAUGAACCGAAAUUAUUCUAAUCACAGAAAUGAUAUCCACAUUUCAACGACUGUCAUAUGAUUCAAAGAGUAUUUUCCUGUUGCUCUCUCCACUUUAUGGUCUGUGUUAUUUAAUGCCUUAACAUGAAAUGUCUUGAUGACCGUAUUCUCUACCUUCCUGUAAUCGCCUAACUCUGUAGCAAAAUUGUAAAUCAGUUGACAUAUUUGAUCUCAGCUUCGUCAAAGAAACGCCAUCCGGUCAGAGGUCAUCAGUGCGCGAGCUGACGGCACGAGGACGAACGCACACGGAAAACGACGGAAAUUCGGUCACGUGACACUCGUGGUCUCAUUCGUCUAUGCAUUAUGUUACGCUCCUUUUGUGGUAAGCCUAUUCUUCUCCGGACAUAAAUACAUAGAGAUUGUUGCGUGUUGAUAUGAAGGCCUUCGUACACCGUCCUUUGUUCAAAUGGUUUGUAUAUCCCUGGCCCAACACAUAUUAAUCUCAACUUCGUUUUCUUCUUUCAUAUCUAGUUAUACCAAAAACUCCGGGAAAUAUUGUACCAUGUUUGGGGAAAUAAUAGAUGAAAAAAAAUUAUAAAAUAAUCAUAUGUAAGCCCUAGGGCCUAGGGUGUUAAGAAAUUGUUCAUAUGACACAAACUCUUGAAACAUGGCUUGUUAUUCUCUAACAUUUUUUUGUCUAAAGUGUAAUAACUAUAAUAUUGUAAUGCAUACCGUACACAAAAAUAUUGUUUCUGUAAUUAUUGAAAAUAUCUAAGCAUCGGAGAUGACUAUUUUAAAUAAGUAAAAAAAUUACGAAAAUGCUUUUCUCAGGUUGUGCAUUCAAAAAAAAGUAAAACUAUCUGUUAACAAAACGCGAUAGGCCCCCAGCAUAUAGCACACGUACUUGUGUUAAUGCUUUCAAUUUAUAACACAGCCACAUGUGUUAAUGCAGUCAUAGUAAGUCCAUGAGAUUGUAAGCGUUAAAGUCAAAACCAAAAGAUAAGCUCCACAACAUACCCUCAAAAUGUCUGCCUUAUUUAUCCUUUACACGAGUGCUAACAUUUCCCUCCUAGGUCUGCCUUGUCAUAACAAACCUUUCCCUCCUCAGGUCCACCUUGUCGUUACAAACCUUUCCCUCCUCAGGUCCGCCUUGUCUUUACAAACCUUUCCCUCCCCAGGUCCGCCUUGUGAUUGACACCAUCAAUGACACAGACCACCAGAACCUUCUCAUCCACUCAGUGACUCUCAGCCUGCUGUUCCUCAGUCCCCUCCUCAACCCCAUCGUCUACGGCGUCUUCAACAAACAAUUCAGACAGACCCUCUUCAGCAUGUUCAAACCCGGGGCCAGGAAACCCGGCCCCUCGGGCAGUGUGGACUCACGGUCCGGUCAGAACGGAGACGCCUACCUGCAAAGGUCCAUCAAGGACGGUCAAAAGGUCAAAGUCCAACCUGAAAGGUCAGGGUCAGGGUCAAAUUUGGAGACACAACAUGGCCGGUCCGCUGUCCAGGUCCAUGAGACGGACGUAAUUAUAACCGGAUAUGCACGUCCAUAUGAAGUGUUUAGCUAUUCGUGUGAGUGAGGUUCAGAAACAUAAUUGGGUGUGUUGAAGUUCCAAAAAAAAAAAUUUUUUUGACUGCUCUGACGAGGAUAAAUGACAGCAUGUUGCCAGAUUUAAUGAGACUCAGUGUGUGAGAUAUUGGAACUAAUAAAAGUCAUACAAUUAAC